CCGGAAUUGAGUGAAUGCCCCUUUGCAGUACCUUAGUUUUCCUGCGCGUCGUUUGCAGAUAUCGCGAGAGCGGCUGUUGGGGUUAGCAGCAGGGUGAGGGAGAGACGAGAGAGAAGGUAAGCGGAGGAGGCUACAUCAUGGCGGACAGAGACAGCGGUAGCGAGCACGGAGGAUUCGCCACAGGCCCCGGUGGCGGCCCGAUGCACCAGGGGGCGAUGGGCGCUUCAUCGCGGCUCCAACAUGACACGGAGGAGCUGGCGUCGAAGCGCGUCGACAUCCAGAACAAACGCUUCUACCUGGACGUGAAGCAGAACGCCAAAGGCCGCUUUCUGAAGAUCGCCGAGGUCGGGGCUGCGGGAAAUAAGAGUCGCCUGACCCUGUCCAUGUCAGUAGCCGUGGAGUUCCGUGACUACUUGGGCGACUUCAUCGAGCACUACGCACAGCUGGGCCCCAGCCACCCGGACACAGUGCAGGACGAGCCGCGGCGAGCGCUCAAGAGCGAGUUUCUAGUGCGGGAGAAUCGGAAGUACUACAUGGAUCUGAAGGAGAACCAGAGGGGGCGGUUUCUGAGGAUCCGACAGACCGUGAAUCGGGGCCCCGGCUUGGGCACGGCGCAAGGCCAGACCAUCGCUCUUCCGGCGCAGGGGCUCAUCGAGUUCCGCGACGCUUUGGCCAAGCUCAUCGAUGACUACGGCGUGGACGAGGAUCCGGCGGAGCUGCCCGAGGGCACGUCGCUCACCGUGGACAACAAGCGCUUCUUCUUUGACGUGGGCUCGAACAAGUAUGGCGUGUUUAUGCGGGUCAGCGAAGUGAAGCCGACGUACCGCAACUCCAUCACGGUGCCGUGCAAAGUGUGGUCCAAGUUCGGUGCCACGUUCUGCAAAUACGCGGAUGAAAUGAAGAAGAUCCAGGAGAGGAGCAGGGAGAGGAGGGCGCGCGAGCUCUUACCGGAGGCCCUGCACGGCGAUGACGGGGAGGAGGAUUAAUGGACGUGACGCUUAACGGCGGAGGACGGAACAUAGCCUACUUUUCGACGAAAUGGUCAUGUAGACAGAAGUUACUGUAAAAGAAAUGCCGCGAUGGGAGAUUUCACUGGAUCGUCAUCCACACGCAACACUCACAGAUUUUUGCAGUUGCAUCACUUCGUUCAUCGACCGGUUAUUAUCCACUUACUCAACCAUAUAAAAGUAAGCCGCUGCUAUCGAUAACACGAUCCACGAACUGUGUCCGAGACGGUCAGAAUGUCAUAGGUCGGAGUUGUGUGUUUGCCCAUGCGUUUUUUUGUACACGUCCAAGCUAUUAUACUGAUAUGAUACUGUUACAAAGUGCAAAUUGAAAAAGAGAAAAAAGGAAAACAAAUGCUAAGACUUUCUAGCACAAAGCUACUGUAUUUGGGACUAUGUGAACCAAAUUUUUAAUAUGGGGGGAAAAAAAGGAAAUCUCCGUUUGAAGGUACGUUUAGGAUGAAGUGCUGUUUGUAUUGUGGGCUCACGCGCACAGUCCAUCUGCUGAACGGAUCUCGACCGAGGAAUUCGUGCACUUGUACUCAUAUGCCUUUUAAAAGCAUAAAGAGCAAAGGAAAUCGUGUUAGCUCGUCAUGCAACAUUUGUUUUCUACUCUAGAGUUGGUAAGGAGAGUAACAACUCAGUAAAGUCGGGGGUCGGAGAGACUAUUAUGCUAUUAUGACAUGAUAUAAACGUUUAUUUCUAUUAAAUAUAUCAACCCUGUUGCACCAUGCACAGCAAAAUCCACAAUGUUGAAUCCACAGUGCUAGAUUAAUUCCUCUGGGCGCAAAAGAGCAUGGUGUUAAAUCCAACACUGAGGAUUUUGCUGUGUGCCCACUGCCGUCCGGGCACGUUUCAUUCAAGUGCUAACUUAGAAAUACAAAUUUAUGAUUUUGUGAAUCAGAUGUAUUUAGAUUCUUAUAUAUAUUAAAAAAACCCACGUUUUCUGUGGGGUUUUCUUUCUUUUC